GAGAACAGCGCGAACAGAGAGGGAGAGGGGACAGAAUAUUGGAUAUUGGUCUUUCGUUAAACCUUUACCUCUUUUGGAUAACCUGGGAAUUCUAAAACAUAUUUUGGCAGAUUGGAGCAUCCAACAAAGAUUCUAAUUACGGAAAAACAACGAAGUGGAACGAGAAGAAGGAUUUAUAUUUUGUUCUUUCUUUCUGCUUUUUUAUUUGGUUCCCCCCCAACACUUUGGAAUAGUGGAUUUUGGAAUAUAGGGGAUAUAUUGGCGGGUGACGCGUCUGCCCUGGAUCAGCGAGAAGGAUGGCAGCUUGGUUCACUUUUACCAUCGCAUUCAGCACCACUGUACUGACACAGGUAUUUGGAUCCGGUGUUUUUGAGAUCGAUCUACAUGAAUUUAAAAACAGCAAAGGAUUGCUGGAGAAUGGCAACUCGUGCAGGCUCAACUGCAGGACUUUCUUUCGUGUUUGUCUUAAGAACUACCAGGCGGUCGUGUCGCCAGGUGACUGUAUUUUUGGAAAUGCCUUGACACCGGUGCUAGGGACCAACUCCUUUAGCGCCAUGGACGGGGGAGCUUUCAGUAGACCCAUCCGACUACCGUUCAACUUCGGAUGGCCGGGAUCGUUUUCUUUGAUAAUUGAAGCCUGGUAUUCACCUUCAACAGAUCUACCUGUUGACACCAGCAACCCAGAGAUGUUGAUUAGUUCCUUUUCCAUCCAGAGACAGCUGGGCGUAGGGACCGCCUGGUCUCUGGAUGUUCAGAGCGUCCGACAGACGGAGUUAAGGUAUUCUUACCGCUUCAUCUGCAAUGACAAUUACUACGGAGAAAGUUGUUCCAAAAUAUGCACGCCGAGGGACGACCGUUUUGGCCACUACACCUGCGACCUCGACGACGGGCAGUUGUCCUGUCUGCCCGGCUGGAAGGGGGAAUACUGCGAAGAACCCAUCUGCCUCGUGGGAUGCAGUGAAGGAAACGGAAACUGCUCCAGACCUGGCGAGUGUGUGUGCAGAGAAGGUUGGCAGGGUCUGUUCUGUGAUGAGUGUAAGAAGUACCCAGCCUGUAAACAUGGCACCUGCCAACAGCCUUGGCAGUGUAACUGUAAGGAGGGCUGGGGAGGGCUCUUCUGUGACCAAGAUCUGAACUUCUGCACGCACCACCGGCCGUGUGUGAACGGGGCGACCUGUAUGAACACGGGUCAAGGCAGCUAUACCUGUACCUGUCCCCCUGGGUUCACUGGGGUCAACUGUGAGCUGGAGCUGCAGGAGUGUGACAGCGACCCCUGCAGGAACGGAGGACUCUGCACGAACCUGGAUGUUGGCUACAGGUGUUCGUGUCCGCAAGGCUUCGAGGGUUCCCACUGUGAACACAGCCUGCUGACGUGUGCAGACUCCCCCUGCUUCCACAGCGGACAGUGCCAUCAGAAGGACAGCGGGCGCAGCUACAUCUGCAAGUGUCCUCCCGGAUACACGGGACUCAACUGUGAGAAGAGAGUGGACAAGUGCACGUCUCUUCCCUGCGCCAACGGCGGUCUGUGUUUGAUCCACGGUGGCGUGCGUCUGUGUAGCUGUCGCUCCGGUUUCACCGGCCAGCGCUGCGAGAUCAACAUCAACGAGUGUGCCGGGAACCCCUGCGCCAACGGAGGGACCUGCCUGGACCGCAUCAACGACUACACCUGUCACUGCCCCCCGGGGUACGCCGGCCGAAACUGCGACCGCGGCCUGGACGAGUGCUCCAUCCACCCCUGUCUUAACAGAGGGCUCUGCACCGGGGGAGGGGGGCCGGGGAAACCCCCCACCACCUGUAUCUGUCCCGUCGGCUUUACCGGAUCACGCUGCCAGUUCUUUGCUGUGACCCUGCCGGUGGGUGGGGAGAGGAUCAAUGGAGAGAGCCAAGAUGGCUUCCAGUGGGCGGCAGUUUCCUUGGCUGUAGGGCUGGUUGCAUUACUGGUGCUGCUAUGCAUGGUUGGGCUGGCUCUACGGCACAUCCACAGGCGGACCGGCAGGGACAGGGGAGAUGGGGAGACCAUGAACAACAACCUAUCAGAUGUACAGAGGGAUAACCUAAUCCCCGCCUCCCAGCUGAAGAACACCAAUCAGAAGGUUGGACUGGAGGUGGACUGCGAAUCAGAGAAGUCAAACUUCAUCCAUAAGAACUAUCAAUUGGACUUGUAUAGUAACGCAAAGUCGAAGGAGUUGAAGGAUGAUACUUUGCAAGAGGAUAGAAGCAAAAGUCAUGUGAUCUAUGACACGUGUUUAGAAGAGAAAAUACCUCUGAGUAGAAUGUACAGUGAAAAGUCGGAGUGUAGGAUAUCAACGAUAUGUUCCCCUCGAGACGCUCAGAUCUACCAGUCCGUCUUUGUUAUAGGAGAGGAGAGGAGGGCGUGCGUCAUAGCAACAGAGGUAUAAGCUGCGAGGGGUAUGAAGAAGAGAGGGAGCGAUAGAGGAGAAACACAAUCGAGGCAGAAUUAUUAUUUUUUUUCUGGAUUGUUUACAAAAAAUCUGAGAAAAGACUGGAGACUGUUUCCGAUGUCACCUUUUGAUGUCAAUGCCGAUGUCAAUGCUGAUGUCACUGCCGACGUCACUGCUGAUGUCACUGCCGACGUCACUGCUGAUGUCGCUGCCGAUGUCGCUGCCGAUGUCACUGCCGAUGUCACUGCCGAUGUCACUGCCGAUGUCACUGCCGAUGUCGCUGCCGAUGUC